UUUAUCUGAAACUAUAAAUUCGACUUGCUGUUGUAAUCAUUAUAGAAAAAUGUUCCCGUGCUCAUUGGUAAUAAGUUUUAUAAUAAUUAUUUGUCUGACAUUUCUGUGGCUAAGAUGGAGAACGAACAAACUAAAUUUAUUCAAAAACUACGGUAUUCCUGGUCCUAAACCUGAUUUUUUUACGGGAAAUUUUAAAGAAUUUCAAUUAGAGAGAACGAAAUGCGUUGAGAAAUGGUCAAAAAAAUAUGGAAAAAUUUUUGGAUUCUUCCUAGGAGCUAAGCCGUAUAUAAUGUGUUCUGAUACUGAAUUUCUUAAAAUUAUGCAAAUCAAGGAAUUUAAACGUUUUUCAAUAAGAGAUCGAAUACUUCCAGAUAUAGGAAUACCUCAUGAAUCAGUAAAACAUGUCAUUGGCUUGCAAAAAGGUAUCAAGUGGAAAAACUUAAGAAGUGUCCUGACUGCUUGCUUUUCUUCUCAAAAAAUUAAAAUGAUGAGUGUAUCAACACAAGAUCUCAUUGCUAAUUCGAUGAAAAAAAUCGAAAAAGAAAACGGCAAACCUUUUGAUGCAUUAGAAAAUUAUAAAAAUCUGGUAUUUAAUAUAAUGCUGAAAUUAGUAAUGGGUGUAAAAUUUAAUGAAGAAAGCGAAGAAUACAAUAAAAUUGUCAAAUCUUUAAAUUUUUUACUCCAAAAAGAUAUCUCUAGCACAUCAUCCGUAAUAUCAAUGUAUUUUCCGGAAUUCGAGCCAAUUCCUACUUAUUUUAGAUUACUUUUUGACAUUAUCAAAAGUGUAUUAAACUUUGAUUCAAUUCGAUUUCUUUUCAACACUUGUAAGAAUAUAAUUGCUGUUCGAAAACAGUUGAUGAAUAAUCAACAAGAUAUUCUUCAAAGUUUGUUAAAUGCUGAAAUUAGUUAUACAGAUCACAACAAAAAAUUAACAAGCAGUUCUGUUCUUGUCACCGCUGUAGUGAUGAUUACAUCAGGAUAUGAAACUAUGAGCUCUUCAUUAGGAUGGUGCACUUAUUUUCUUGCUAAAAAUCAGGAAAUUCAAGAGAAGGCUCGACAGGAAAUUAAUAAAAAUAUCGAAAAGGAUAAAGACAUUAACUAUGCAGAUGUCAUGAAACUUCAUUAUCUGGAUCAGAUUAUGUCAGAAACUCUUCGACUUUCAUCACUGUCUGUACUACUUAUUAGCAGAGCGGGUGAACAAGAUUUCGAAUAUAAAGGAACAACCAUACCAAAACACGUAGGGAUUUUUGUUCCCGUGCCAAUUCUUCAUAGAGAUCCAAAUUAUUGGCAAGAACCAGAUAAAUUUGACCCUGAUAGAUUUUCACCUGAAAACAAAAUAAAUAUUAACCCAAUGACUUAUCAACCUUUUGGAGCAGGACCCAGAAAUUGUGUGGCGUACAGAAUGGCACGAACAGUCAUGAAAUUGAUCAUGGCUAAUCUGAUCAGAUCUUUCGUAUUUGAGGCUUAUGAAUGUGAGAGAUCUGUAGUGAAACACUCAAUAUUUUCAACUCGUAAGAAAGAUUCAAUUUUAAUCAAAGCAACUCCAAUAUCUUCCAACUGA